UCACUGUGCAUGCGCGGCUCAGAGAGUGCGCAGCGCGGCGAUCGGCGGUGCUCUGUGUCCCUCCGACACAGCAGAUCACCGAUCACGGAAAGAGCUGAAGAUGUCGGCUUGGUCAUGUGAUCAGCGGUGUCCAAUCACAGCUGAUCACUGAUCAUCAGGGCACUGAUGAUCAGUGUGCCCUGCUGAUCAGUGUAGCCCCAGCAGUGCCACCUGUCAGUGUCCAUCAGUGCCUUAUGUCAGUGCUCAUCAGUGCCUUGUGCCAGUGCCACAUCAGUGCCACUAUUCAGUGCACACCAGUGCACAUCAAUGCCACAUAUCAGUGCCCAUCUGAGCUGCCUUUCAGUGUCACCCAUCAGUGCCAAUCAGUGCCACCUAUCAGUGCUGCCAAUCAGUGCCGCCUAUCAGUGCGCAUC